GUGAUCUCGGCCAAACCGCCUGUAAGUCACAGCGUGGAGUUGAUGCCGACUUACAUCACUACGCGGUCCGCUAUCUCUCGUAUAUAGCUAAACUUCCUGUCUUUAUCUAUUAUUAUCGAAUCCCUCGACAAACAUCUACUUAGGGGCGACGGUAUUUGUACCUCCUGGUUGAGCCAAAACCUCCCCAGUCAAGUGCACCACCCUUUGCAAGACCUUAAGGUAGCGGGAUCGCGCACCCAGCGGAGCUGCUUAGUAAAUCCCACUCCCCUUCGCCUACACCUACAUACCUACCCUCGCAAUGGACGGCAGCGGCCAAGUCGCCGUCGUCAUCGGCGCGUCGAGGGGCAUCGGGAGGCAGAUCGCCGUCGACCUCGCCAAAAACGGGUACACUGUAGUCGUGGCCGCCAAGUCGACGAGCGACGCCCGGAGCGCGACGCCGUUCCCGCCGGACCCCAACUCGCCCGAGUCCACGAUCAGCACGGUGGAGCGGGAGAUCGUCGAGGCCGGGGGGCGCGCCACCGCCAUCCCUGUCGACGUGCGGGACUUUGCCAGCGUGCAGGCGCUAGUCGACAAGACCAUCGAGACGUACGGCCGGCUCGACGUGCUCGUCUACAAUUCGGGCGCCGUGUGGUGGGCCUCGGUCGAGGACACGCCGAUGCGGCGCUUCCAGCUGCUGCAGCGCGUCAACCCCGAGGGCCUGUACGGCGCCGUGCAGGCCGCCCUGCCCCACCUCAAGAAGUCCCCCCGCCCCGGCGGCCGCGUCGUCGUCGUCAGCCCGCCCAUCUACAGCCGCUUCUUCCGCGGCAAGACCGCCUACGCCGUCGGCAAGGUCGGCAUGAGCGUGCUCACCGUCGGCCUCGCCAUGGACUUCCGGCGCCAGGGCCGAGCCGACAUGGCCAUCACGAGCCUCUGGCCCGCGGCGGCGAUCCAAUCAGCCGCGACGCGCGCGAUGGAGGCGUCCUCGCCGGCGGCGGCGGCGGCGCUGCGCAAGGCGACCGUCUUCUCGGACGCGGUGCUGGCGGUGCUGCGGGCGCCGGCGGGCGCGGUCAACGGCCGGCUGCUCCUCGACGAGGACUUCCUGCGCUCGGCGGCCGGCGGCGGCGUCGCCGACUUCGCCCCCUACGCGCUCGUCCCCGGCGCUACCCCCCGCCGCAUCAUGCCCGCCGUCCUGCCCGACCUCGCCGUCGCCGAGCAGGACGACGAGGGCGACCGCGUCGACAGCGCUGCGCUGCGCCGCGCCGCCGCCAAGGACAAGGACAAGGACAAGGGCAAGGGCAAGGACGAGGACGAGAGGCACAGGGAUAGGGAUAGGAAUAGGGACAGGGAGGGCCACCUCCCGGCGAAGCUGUGA